ACCGUCUCUCCACGCGAUGCCGAGCAGCCCUAAGCGCAGGAGGAUCAUACAAUCAGACGAUGAGGACGAAGAGGAGGAGACAAGCACCCGGACCGUGCAGUCGACGAAAGCAGCGAACGAGUCUGCAGCCGCAGAUUCUGCCAAGGAGCAGUCAGAGGAAAUAGAUGAAGAGCUCGAGGCAUGGCACGUCUUUGCCGAGCAGUAUCACGACAGUGUGGAGCAGCUCCCGCUCGAAGUCCAUCGCAAUUUCAGAUUACUCAGGCAGCUCGAGGACGAGAUGCAGGAAAGCACGAGGAAGUGGCAUGCCGCCGUACGCGAAUACGUCGCGCUCGUCAAUCCAGAACCGCCAAGGCCAACUCACCCAGACGAUCUCGAGACCCUGCCUGCUAGGACAGAUCAGCCGCGGGAAGCUGCACCACACGAUGAGCGGGAGCAUGCUCCUCCUGAAGCAGCCAGUCUUGUUGCGCCCGCAGACGGUGAGGAAAUCCCGCGACCGAUGUCACCCCGCGUAUCGCCUCGAUCAGAGCGCCUCGAUCUGCCCGGACAACGGCCACAUCACGAGCCAGCAGGACAACACGACGACUCGUUAAGAUCGCUGAUGGACAUAGAUGCACCGAGCCAGGACGCAACGGAUGCAGCCCCGAAAGACGCGCCGAAGGGAGAGGUGACGCCUUUGAUGCUAGGUGCCCCUACACCUUCAGCAGAGAAGACGCAACUGCUGCGGCAGGUAAAGCAAGAGAUGGCACGUCUUGCAGCUGCAACGAGCAAGCUAGGCGAAGAGAAAGUCAGCCUGGCCAUCACAGUAUAUCAAAACGUAGACAGGCAUAUACAGCGACUGGACCGAGAUCUGCUCACAUUUGACGAUAGCCUACUCGCCACUCUGCGUGCAAAGGCCGACGCACGACGAGCAGAGGCGGCACCAGCGAACGCGCUCCCUCAAACGGUACCUGCUAUACGCCUCACAAGGCAUCGGGAGCAGCUGCUCGAAGCGGGCAAAGAGAUCGUCCUCGGUUCGAUCAAGAAGAAGGCCGUCUCCGCUCAAGAUCCGAAUCUGCGCGAUAUGCCUGUCGAUCCCAACGAGCCCACAUACUGCUACUGCGACACAGUCUCAUAUGGCGAGAUGGUCGGCUGCGACAAUGAUGACUGUCAGCGAGAAUGGUUUCAUCUGGCCUGCGUGGGUCUGUCCGAGGCACCCACGGGCUCGUGGUACUGCGACGACUGCAUCAAAGCGCUCGGGAUACAGCCCAAAGUCAAGCGCAAGAAGCAACAACGUUAGCUCCUCUGUUGUAGCCACUGCACACGAUACAGGCCUCGCGCUUUGUCCGCCAUCGCGUCAUUCGCUCCAUCCUUGAAGCCUCGAAGGAAGAUGCGCAGGACGGCAGCGCACAGUCUGCGAAUCAUUGCGCGGCAGGGCAUAGCGCACAAACGCUCUCUCGUCCUGCCCCGUCCACCGCUGUCGUGUAGAUGCUUCCAUGCCAGCGCUUCCUUUGCACGGCCGAGUCGUCCGAGCUACACCAUAAG